AUGUUACAUAGCUCCAAACUCGUAUUAUUAAUAUCGUUUACAUUAUUCUUGGGUUCAAAUACCAAGACAAUCAAUGGAUCCAAGCAAACUAUAAGACAGUUUCCAAAAGGAUUCCUUUUCGGUACAUCUACAGCCUCCUAUCAGAUUGAAGGUGCUUGGGAUACAGAUGGGAAAAGCGAGAAUAUUUGGGACCACCUGACACAUGAAAACCCGUGUAGAAUAAAAGAUUGUUCCAAUGGAGACAUUGCUGAUGAUUCAUACAAUUUAUAUAAGAGAGACGUUGAAAUGAUGCGGGAGCUGGGUCUCGAUUUCUACAGGUUCUCAUUAUCCUGGUCAAGAAUACUUCCUUCUAGUUUUCCUGAUCAAAUUAAUGAAGCAGGAGUACAAUAUUAUAAUAAUUUAAUAGACGAAAUGCUCAAAUACAAUAUUCAACCUAUGAUCACACUUUAUCACUGGGAUUUACCACAGAAACUAUAAUAUAGUCGACUGGUACGCUGAUUAUGCUCGAGUCGCUUUCGAGAAAUUUGGUGAUCGUGUUACUUAUUGGAUUACAAUGAACGAACCUCGUGAAAUAUGUUAUCAGGGUUAUGGUGAUGUGACCAUGGCCCCUGCAUUAAAUAUCAAAGGUGUAGCGGAAUAUAUUUGUGCAAAAAAUCUGCUCUUAGCACACGCUAAGGCAUAUCACAUAUAUAACCAAGAGUUCAAGCCCAAAUACGGUGGUGUAAUAGGAAUCACAAUAAGUUCAGGCUGGAUUGAACCAGAAUCCGAAGAACAUGCUGAAGCAGCUAACGAAGCAAUUCUUUUUGAAUUAGGUAUAUACGCACAUCCAAUAUUCUCGACAGCGGGUGAUUUUCCGCCAAUAAUGAAACAAAAGAUAAGUGCUAAAAGUGCAGCUCAAGGGUUCUACAGAUCAAGAUUACCAGAAUUCACAAAAGACGAGAUUGAAAUGGUUCGAGGAUCAUCGGACUUCUUUGGUCUGAAUCAUUACACGACUCAUAUAGCUUACAAAAAUGAAUCUUUACAAUUCUCCGAUAAACCUUCGUUUUAUGAUGACUUGGGAGUAGCAUCAUACCAAUUAGGUGAAUGGCCCGGUUCAGCUUCAUCGUGGCUUAAGAGUGUACCGUGGGGCUUCUAUAAACUUCUGACUUAUAUCAAAGACUUUUACAAUGAUCCAAAUAUUUUGGUCACUGAAAACGGAUUUUCAACUUUCGGUGGUUUGGAAGAUGACGAACGAAUCACCUACUACAGGCAAUACCUUGAUGCCCUUUUGGACGCAAUAGAGGACGGCGCGAAUGUAACGGCUUACACUGCGUGGAGUCUGAUGGAUAACUUUGAAUGGAUGCAAGGAUACACCGAGCGUUUCGGAUUGUAUGAAGUGGACUACACGAGCCCACAGAGGACACGUACUCCACGUAAAUCAGCGUUCGUGUAUAAGGAAAUAGUUCGCACCCGCUCCCUCGACCAUUACUAUGAACCAGAUACAGACGUUAUGACAAUCGAAGAUGGACAUUAA